CUAAGUAUUUCCAUUUUGUGCUGUUUUAUACUUUUACUCUACUACUUAAUCUACUUUGCAGAUGAAGAAAACUGAUCAUGAUGAUUGCUGCAGUUUAAACUAUCCAACAGUAAAGUUGGACCUAAUUGAGCGUUUUUGUUACUAAAGUACAGUUUCUAUAUUACUAAAUAUCAUAUUACAUUUUGACUGCAGGGCUUAUCAUUUUUACAUUUUACACAGUGAAGGUUUGUAUUACUUCCACCUGUGGCACGUGGUGAUCAGAAAAGGGUCAGCCAACUAGGCUACAUUAUAUUAUAAAUCUAAUCUAAUACAAUAUUUGCUCGCUGGAAAGUGUCAUCUGAAACUGGAAUUGCAGCAUAUUUUUUCAAACACACAUCACGCCUGUUCUGCCAGAGUCUCCGUCUGUUCCUGCCACAGUAGGUGAAGGAGUCAGCGGGGCUUUGGAGAACUGCAAGUCCCAGAGAUCUGUGCAUCAGUGAACCGUGAACCAGGGUUUGAAUAACAUGGCAGCGCCGUCCAGCAACACAUGCGGGAUUAUGGAGCGGUCUGUCCGGGAGCGGGUCCCCCCGCUGCUGACGGACCUGUACCAGUUCACCAUGGCGUACGCGUACUGGCGGUCCGGCCGGCACCAGGAGCCCGCCGUCUUCGAGCUCUUCUUCAGGGACAAUCCGUUCGGCGGCGGCUUCUCGCUGUUCGCCGGGCUGCACGACUGCCUGCUGUUCCUGCGCAGCUUUCGCUUCACAGACGAAGAUGUGGAGUUCCUGCGCUCUGUCCUGCCCCCGGCCACCGACCCCGCCUUCUUCCAGUUCCUGCGAGGCCUGGACUGCUCCGGCGUCACACUCCGCUCCGUCCCAGAGGGCACUGUGGUGUUUGCCAGGGUGCCUCUGAUGGAGGUGGCAGGUCCAUUGGCUGUGGUUCAGCUGCUGGAGACCAGUUUACUGUGUCUGGUCAACUACGCCAGUCUGGUGUGCACUAACGCUGCCCGAUUCCGCCUGGCGGCCGGACCCAGGAGAAAGCUGCUGGAGAUGGGCCUCAGGAGGGCUCAGGGACCAGAUGGAGGGCUCACUGCCUCACGAUACACACACAUUGGAGGGUUCGAUCUCACCAGUAACGUUCUGGCUGGUUUCCUGUUUGGGGUCCCCGUCGCAGGGACCAUGGCACACUCAUAUGUCACUUCCUUUACCUCCCUGGAGGAGGUCUGGCCACAAACUCUGGUGGCCGUGAACGGGGACCCCGAUCCAGUUGACUUCAUCUCGUUGACGAAGGGCUGGUUGAAUCGUGUGUGCGAGCUUCUGGGAGUGGAGCCUGGGAAGAUCUGUGAGGGCGAGUUGGCUGCCUUUUUGUCCUACGCCACCGCCUACCCUCAGAACUUCCUCCCUGUGAUUGACAGCUACAGUGUUGGCUGUAGCGGCCUGCUGAACUUCUGCGCUGUGGCCUUGGCGCUGUGUGAACUGGGCUACAGGCCUGUAGGAGUUCGUCUGGACAGCGGGGACCUCUGCCGGCAGUCAGUUGAUGUCCGUCGUGUCUUCAGACUCUGCAGCGAGCAUUUCUCCAUCUCUACCUUCGAUUCACUGAUCAUCGUUGGGACCAAUAACAUCACAGAGCAAGGCAUGGCAGAGCUUAACAAGAAGGAGAAUGAGAUCGAUGUGGUUGGUGUUGGAACACAUCUGGUCACCUGCACAAAACAACCCUCUCUGGGCUGUGUGUAUAAGCUGGUGGAGGUGAGAGGGAGGCCCAGGAUGAAGAUCAGUGAGGACCCAGAGAAGAGCACUGUCCCCGGCAGGAAAGCUGUCUACAGGCUAGUAGAUGCUGAGGGCCAUCCUUUUCAGGACCUGGUGUGUCUCGCUGUGGAGUCUCCUCCAGAGGCCGGAGUCUCUCUGAGCUGUUACCCUCUCGGGUGUGAUAACUCCUCUGUCUCAGUCACCCCAGCUCAGGUCACCUGUCUGCGUCAGGAAGUGUUUACCAAAGGACAGGUCACACACCCUCUGCGCAGCGCUGCAGAAACUAGAGCAAAGGUCCAGGGCUCCCUCCAGACUCUGCACCCUCGACAUAAGAGGCUGCAGGAGCCAGACUCUUACACAGUGGCGCUGUCAGAGGAACUCCACAACCUGGUCAAAGAGAUUCGAAGAGGAAGCACCAACAACAGCAACCUUCUCUUAGCCAACUAAAGAUAAUCCAAGACAGCUGUUCUGUUGUCAUCUCCUGUUGUCUUUUUAUUGACACUCUUUUCCAAAGUGCCUCACAGUAAAAGCACAUUUGUAGCAUGGUCCUAAUGAACCCUAACAGUGUUAACAAACACCAUACUCUCCAAAUACAGGAAUACACAAACGUGUAUUCAAAUGUAAUGUCUAUAAAACGGGAUUAAAAGCCCAGCGGGGAUAGAUGGAAGCAAAUAUAAAGAGAGCAUCCAUCUAACUUUGUGGAUUUACUUUCCGCUGGAAACUGUGAUGGUUUCAAGAAAGAAGAAAUUGAUGGAUAAUGUAACUGUGGAGCACAGUCAGUCACACUUUCUACAUUGACAGAUUGAUGUGGAUGACUAGAUAAGCUAUAAAAUGGCCCUGACCUUUGUUCUCUCUCUCUCUCUUUUGGUUUAAGGCACAGUCUGUGAUCCUCACUGCUAAAAAUCAAAACAUAAAAUUGCAACCUGUUAAUUCUCUCAAACUGAACACUGGGUGUCGUAAUACACAAACUAAUACCAGACAGCAAUUAAAACUAAGUCUGUGAUGUUUGCCAAUUAAAAUGUGUCAGUUGAGAAGCUGAGUUGUUUUGCAGUCACCAAAUAAGGAACCGACUUGUUAGUUUGAAAACCCACUACAGGCACAGUACACGUCCCAAACAUGCAGUAUUUGUCUUCCGUCUUUUGUCUUUCAGACGCAUCUCAAACAUUUCAUUUUCACUGCCUUGUCACAAUGUCUAUGGGGAUCAUUUAUUAAACUUAAAGCUGCAUUAAUCAGCUGUUUUCAGCAAACAAGCUCUGAUAAACCCACUGUACACGACCUGCUCAGCAGCAAACAGCAGACAGACACAGUCAGAGAGCAGCUGGUGAACACAGUGGAGCGUUUAGCAGCUAAAGAGCCGGAUAUUUCCCUCAGGAGUUGGUGGAGACCAAAAACAGAGCUAAGAGAGAGCGAAUAUUGGCCUUACGUUGAUCAGCUGGACACAAACACGACUCCAAUGGGAUGAUAAUGUUGCUCUGUGUCUGUUGGAUGUGUAAAUAGGCUGCUGUUUAUUAACACAAUAGUCAGAACAUCUUCACAAUGUGUCGAUGCUGUGCGUUUUUCAGCUUGUUUUGAGUUUUUCUGCCCCCUAGUGACCAAAGAUUGAUUAAUGUAGCUUACAUUUCUGCCAAUAUUCUGUGUAUUGUCCAAUGUUUAAACCACCUGAAAUAAUACUACUGUUGAAGUUUAUCAGUUUCUUCUUUUGUUCGUGUAGUUUUCAGCAGCUGUUUGUAUUAAAACCUCUGUGUCUUUGAAACCUUUCAACUUUGGUGCCCUCCUGCGGUAAUGUAAAGAUUUAAUUUAAAUUGAUUUCAGUCUGUAAAUAACUGCACAAGCAAUUUGGGAUAAAAUAAAAGAAAAAAACACUU